UGAGAAUGCCAAGUUGCAUACCUUUCUUCCUUCUUCCUUUUUCUUCUCUUUCUCUCUCUAAAUCCUCUCUUUAAACGACAUUAAAUUACUCACUAAACGACUCUUCAUCUCCUUUUCUCUCUCUCUAUAAUCUUCUUCUUUCUCUGUAAACCCUUUAUUUUCUCUGAAGCGCCAAUUUAGGCGAGAAAAUAAGGCCUUGUUUGUUAUUAAAAAAAUGAUGGAUCCAGCAUUUAAACUGUUUGGGAAAACUAUACCAGUUUGUGGUGAAAAUGAUAGAGAUGGUGAUGAAUCUCAAGGGUGUGAUUCUAAUGAAAGUUCUAAUUCUGAUCACCAUGAUGUUGAUGUUGAUUUUCAUGAUGACAAGGAAGAAGAACAUCCUGAUUUUCAAGAAUCAGCUGAAGGAACAGUGGAAAUUGAUCAAUCUGAUGAUCCUGCACCACAAUCUGAUGAAGACUCUACAAAUCUACCCACAAUGUCAGAAAAUACUGCCAACAAAAGGGCAUCUGAUUCUGAUGAGAAGGAAUCAAAUGAUCCUAAAAAUUUACAGCAAAAACCAUUAAAGAAACCAGACAAGAUACUCCCAUGUCCGAGGUGCAAUAGUAUGGACACGAAAUUCUGCUAUUACAACAACUACAACGUCAAUCAACCGCGGCAUUUCUGUAAGAGCUGCCAGAGGUAUUGGACUGCAGGUGGCACAAUGAGGAAUGUUCCGGUAGGUGCAGGAAGGCGAAAGAACAAGAACUCUGCUUCCCGAUACUGUCAUAUUACUGUGUCCGAGGCUCUGCAAGCUGCUCGUCUUGAUGUUUCGAAUGGUGUUCAUCACCCGGGUUUGAAAAGUAAUGGCACGGUUCUGACUUUUGGACCUGAUAACUCACUUUGUGAAUCGAUUUCCCCUGUUUUGAAAAUUGGUGAUAAGGCCAAUACUCGGAAUGGGUUCCAUAAUAUUGAUCAGGUCGUUUGUGUGAGUAGAGAAAAUGGGGAUGAUGGAUCGAGUGGAUCGACUGUCACAACGAGUUCAAUCGAGGAGAAGGCUAAGGCCGGACUACAAGGGCAAAUUAAGCAUAAUGUGAAUGGUUUUAGCAAUCAAAUGCCUUGUUUUCAAUGGCCUUAUGUGUGGAAUCCUGCUGUUCCUCUACAACCAUUUUGCCCUUCAGCAUUCCCUGCUAUGCCAUUUUACCCGCCUCCUUAUUGGAAUGGCGCGAUUCCUUGGAACUUUCCUUGGGUGCCUCCAGUCUCUUCAAGCCAAAAAACACAAGGAUCAAACCCGAACUCCCCAACUCUAGGGAAGCAUACGAGGGACGGAGAAACGCUUAACCGAAGCAAGAAUGAAAGGAGUCCAAAAAACCCUACUGUUUUAGUACCAAAGACAUUGAGAAUCGAUGACCCAGAUGAGGCGGCCAAGAGUUCUAUAUGGACGACACUUGGGAUUAAGAAGGGUGAUUCUCUUAGUAAAGGAGGUUUCUUUAAUAGCUUACCGUCCAAAAAGGGUGACGAAAAAGUUCACCAAAUGGAUGGUCCGCCUUCAUUGAAGGCAAACCCUGCGGCUCUAUGCAGGUCGAUGAACUUCCAAGAGCGUGCCUAAAAGGUGUAUAUUGAAAAUCAAGUUCGGGUUUUUGUAGAUUACACCUCUAUGUAUGGUGGCUCGAAAUUUUCGUUUACGAGCCACAAGUAGAUAAAUUAGAAAACAAUAACUAGGUAAGCAGAAGCAGGAAGAUACCUUCCGAUAAGGGUAGGAUGAAAGGAGCAGAACAACACCAACCAGAUGGAUGUGAUCAUCUUGUAGAUUUAUGAAGAGUGUUUUCUUCUUUUUUUUAAUCUAUUUUUGUCUAAGAUUUCCUUGUUGUUGAUCUUGUACAUAACCUCUUUUUGGAAUUGUUUUGAGCUAUAAAUAGAAUGGAGUGGCACAUAUAUUAGAUAUACUUGGGCCUCUUCUUGUUGUAAUAUAUUCAAUCCAAUAAUGAAAAUUGCCUUCUGUUUCA